AUGGAAGAAACCAAGAAAAGUCAGUCAGCGACAGUCGAAGAUCUAAGAACCAAAGGCAAUGAAUGCGUUAAAGAUGGAAAAUUCAUUGAGGCUGUUUUGCAUUACACACAAGCUAUCAAAAUGGACCCUAAUAAUUAUCUUUUAUACAGCAACAGAUCAUUUGCAUUUUUAAAAUUAGAUCAACACUAUCUAGCACUGCAAGAUGCUAAUGAGACUGUCAGGAUACAACCUCAAUGGGCAAAGGGUUAUUUUCGUCGUGCAGAGGUAGAAGCAGCUAGUGAGCUAUUUGAUGAAGCUUUAAUAUCUUACACAAGAGCCCUGCAGCUUGACCCACAUAAUGUCAAAGUAAUGGAGUCUAUUAAAAGCAUCACAGAUACACAAAAGAAGAAAAUCAGAGAUAACCAAAACAUCAUUUGGAUCUGUACCUGUUUGGGGCUAGCUCUAGGAAUUGCUGUUGUUGUACUAGAUUACACUUUAACUACAAAUCCUACCUUAGAGAACCCAUUCAGCAUGACAUCAUUUUCGUUCGCGCUGGCAGGACUCGGUUGGGCAGUAGGUAAGACCGUGACAUUGAUGGGUUCCUGGAGUGCAGGGAAAUCAUUGCAACCACCAGAUGACUUAGGUACGAAUAACAGCAGUAAAGAGAAAGAUGCAUCAGCGGCUGAGAAGAAAACAAAGUACAGUAAGGCACAGGCGAGACAAAGAUAUAAGCAAGGAAAAAUUUAG